AUGCAGCUCACGUCAUUCCAGACCAUCUUUCUCCUUCUCCCUUCAGUACUGUCCGCGACUUUCUACGUCUCACCUACCGGCUCGGACAGUGCCGCUGGAACCCUUGCCGCACCCUACAAAUCUAUCCAGGUUGCUGUUGACAAGGCUGUAGCUGGCGACAGCAUCUUGCUUCGGGGUGGCACAUACUCUCCGACCACGAACAUCCAGGUCAAGAAGUCUGGGACCGCAUCUGCGCGUAUUACCCUCGCAGCGUACCAGACCGAGGUCCCCAUCGUCGAUGGCGAGGCACUCACCGGCACACCCGCUCCUGUCGGUGGCAGCCUGGCUGCCGCUGACCGUGGCAUUCUCCAUGUCGAGAAAGCGUCUUAUUGGACGAUCAAGGGUAUUCAAUUCAUUAACGGACCCUACGGCGUAUACGCAGUCGACUCGAGCAACAACAUCUUCCAGCAACUCACCACUCGCCAGAACUACGAGACAGGCUUCCAGCUCCAGGGCAGCAGCGCAAACAACCAGAUAUUAUAUCUCGAUUCCUACGAGAACCGCGACCCGCGCAAGAAUGGCGAGUCUGCUGACGGCAUUGGUAUCAAGGAGGGCACUGGCGAGGGCAACCUUAUCAAGGGCGCUCGUCUGUGGAACAACGUCGACGACGGUCUCGACUUCUGGGAGUUCAAGAGUAAGAUCACCGUCGUCGACACCAUCGCGUGGGGCAACGGCGUAAACCGCUGGGGCUUCACCGACUUUCAGGGCGACGGCAACGGCUUCAAGCUCGGCGGUGGCGACGAAGCGGACAAGGGGCCCGCAGACCACCAGGUCAGUAACAGCAUUGCGUUCAACAACGUCGCGAAGGGAUUCACCGAUAACAGCCAACCCGGCAAUUUCAUCUUGCAGCGCAACACUGCCUGGAACAACGGCGAUGUUGGCUUCAAGAGCACCACUGCUGUAACAACGUUCACCAACAACAUUGCUGCGAGCAACAUCAAGAGCACCACCAACUCGGCGCAGGUCAGCUUGAACAGCGCUCAGAAGCAGACUGGGAACUCGUGGCAGGGCAGCACUACAUGGAAUAACACGACUUUCAAGUCGGUCGACAUCACGCUUGUGCAGGGCAAGCGUGAUCCUACAACAGGCAAGAUUGCUGCAAGCGACUUCUUGCUUCCCGCCAGCGGCGCGGCAAUUGGUGCGACUUCUGUUUGGUCGUAA